UGGAGAAUAAUCAAGCCACGCAAACACUAACACCAAAAAACCUUUCUUUUGCCGUUUCUCAUACAAACUAACCCCUCCAUUUUCGUUCUGUACAAAUCAAAUCCACUAUUGUUUUCCCACACCCAAAGCCCUAAUUUUUCCUUUUCUUUUCCCCAAUUGCAUGCUUUAAAUCCACCCUAAAACAUGACUCCACCGGCGAUUUCAGUAGAUUCCAAUUUCAAUUUCAAUCCCCAAAGUGAAAAAAAUUGUCCUUCGAUUAGUUCUACUGAUGAUUGUAGCUUUAGUACUGGUUGUUCUACUUCAUUCUCAUCUUCGAUGGGCCGGGGUUCUUCGACCCGAACUAAGCCCAGGCUUGUUAAGCAGAGGAAGAGCUCCAAAUCAUUUUCGUCGGCUACCGCUUUUGGGGCUAAUCCAUUUCAAUCUGUAAGUUCCCAGAACUGUUCUAACGGUAAUACUAAUCGAUAUGAAAAUCUGGGUUUUGUAUUUGGAGCUCCUAAUUCGAAUAAUAAUAAUAUUAAAAAUAAUAGUGAUUCUAAAGUUGAUGAUAGUGGUGAUGAUAGUUGUAAUGUAGCUGCCACUCUUUUUGGGUUCAGAGCUAAUGGAAAAAAUAUCGAUUCAAUAAAUAAUUUGCAACGUGAAGAUUUUAGCUUUAGUAGUGAAAAUGUAAUGAAGACACAAACUAAUAAGAAAAGUAGUAUUGAUGGUUUUAGUGAUUUGAAAUAUGGUGUAAAUGGGGCGGAUUUUAAGCUUGUUGAUGAGCUGGAGAAGUUGAAUAUUCGAAAUACCGAAACUAUUGGAAGGAAUUCUGGUGAACAUAACGGUGAUGGAUUGAGUAACGGGGAUGAAUUGAAAGGUGGGGAGAGGUUAUUCGUGUUCAAAACUGGUGGAAAGUCGGUGCGAUCAGUAAUUGAUGAGAAUGUUACCAAUUUGAAUGGUAAUGUGGAUGGUGUUAGUGAUGAUGUUUUUGUGUUUGGAGGUGGUGGGAAAUUUUCGAAUGCAGGUGAAUCUUGUUGUCCGGCUGAAAAUGGCGGAGCAAGAGUAAAAGAAGAUGUGCUUUUUCCUUCUUUCUCUUUUUCAACCUUUAAGGCUGAAGUAGGUAAUUCGAAACCUCAUGGAUGCUCGUCUUCAACCGAGAGGAAGGUAGAUUGUAGUGCUUCAUGUUUGCCCAAUGAGCUUGAGUUGCCUUUUUCAGAGUUUAAAUUACCUCAAUUUGAUGCACCUAUAUCCUUCUCAGCAAAUUUGACUGCCGGGUUAGGUAGAAAAUCAGAGUUCGAUUCAAGGUGUCGAGGUAGGAAAGACAAACAUGUAAAGAAAGCAAAGGGUAAGUCGAAACCUUCAAAACUCACUAAGCUGCAAUCUGUACAAACCCCUAUAUCUGCUGAAGGUGUUACUCAAGGCCAAGAUGCGCCUGAAUGUUAUUCGCCCAUGGAUUUUUCUCCAUAUGAGGACACUGCUUCAAGUACUAAUGUGCCUCUUAGUGGCCAUCAUGAAACCGAUCAAAUUAAGGAAACAAAUGGUAUUUCAUCUGCUGUGCCAAUAGAAACACAACUGAAUGAUUUUGGUGCUGGCAUUAGCUCAAAAAUGAAUAGUCAUGGUGGCGAUGCAGCACAGUUUGCUUUCUGUUCCGUUAAGGAAAGUAGAGAUGAAGAGAAGUUAAAGUUCACUUCACCAACUGCUUCUCUGAAUCAUGUUUCAUCUCAGAAGCGCUUACAGAGGAGAAAAUAUCGUAUGAAACCUGCUUCUAUAUCUAGUGGUGCAUCUAAGGUCCGGGGUUCUUCCUUGGAUGGUACUUCUCAUAUCAAUCAAAAGCAUGGAACUGUAGCAGGUGACGAGCUGGGGUAUGAAGCUUACAGUGCUGCAGAAAAAGCUUGUGAGAAGUGGCGAAGGAGGGGAAAUGAAGCCUAUGAAAAGGGGGAGCUCUCCAAAGCAGAAGACUUCUACACAUGGGGGGUGAAUUGCGUUUCUCUAGGGAAUGGAUCAGCUGUUGCCUUUAGCCCCCUUGUUCGUUGUUACAGUAACCGUGCUGCAACACGGAUGGCUCUUGGUCGAGUGCGUGAAGCAAUAAGAGAUUGCCUUAUGGCAGUUGAGCUUGAUCCCUCUUUCUUUAGGGCACAGAUAAGAGCGGCAAAUUGUCAUCUUCAGCUUGGAGAGGUGGAGGAUGCCAUUCAAUGCUUUGAGAAGUGUAUGGGCUCUGGUAAUGUUUGCCUUGAUAGACAACUCAUCAUUUCAGCCUCUGAUGGGAUCCAAAAGGCUCAGAAAGUGAUGGAGUGCACCAGUCGUUGUGCUGAAGUUUUGAAACAAAGGACAUCUGAAGCUGCUGUUGAUGCCUUAAAGUGUAUUGAUGAAGCAAUGUCGAUAAGUAUAUAUUCUGAGAAACUACUUGAACUGAGAGCUCAGGCACUUUGCAUGCUAGCUAGGCAUGAAGAAGCAAUAGCAUUGUGCCAGAAGACACUUGAUUUUGCUGAAAAGAACUUUAUGGCUGUAACGCCUGAAAACUAUGAGGUUGAUGAAUCUUCUACGGAUGUACGAAUGUGGAGAUACUGUACGUUAUCAAAGUGCCACUUUCAUCUUGGAAAUCUUGAGGCAGCUUGUGAUCUUCUAGAGAAGCAAGAGCUCCGGAACAAAACACAGGAAUCAUCUGACCCGUUAGCUGUUACUAUACAUGAGCUGCUAAAGCAGAAGAGUGCUGGUAAUGCUGCAUUUCGCUCUGGAAAACAUGUGGAGGCAGUUGAGCAUUAUACUGCUGCUAUAUAUGGUAGUAUGGAAUCUCGCCCAUUCGCAGCUAUCUGUGUUUGCAAUCGUGCGGCUGCUCACCAAGCUAUGGGCCAAGUCACUGAUGCGAUCUCAGAUUGCAGCUUGGCAAUUGCCCUCGAUGAAACUUAUGCCAAGGCAGUUUCUAGAAGAGCAACUUUGCAUGAGAUGAUUAGAGACUACAAACAAGCUGCCUCUGACCUCCAGAGACUGUUAUCUCUUCUUCAGAAACAAUCUAAGGAAAAAUCUAAACAAUCUGGAUCUGGAAGUGGGAAGGAGAUUAGGCAAGUACAGCAGCGGCUGUCUAUGAUGGACGAAGAAGCUAAAAAGGAGAUUCCAUUGGAUUUUUACCUCAUUUUGGGAACUAAAAAAUCCGAUAUAGUACCUGAAAUUAAGAAGGCUUACAGGAAGGCAGCACUUAAACAUCACCCUGACAAGGCUGCUCAGUCCCUAGUAAAGAGUGGAGAAAAUGGUGAAGAAGGGCGUCACUGGAAGGAUAUUGCGGAUUUAGUGUACAAGGAUGCAGAUAGGCUGUUUAAAAUGAUUGGUGAGGCCUAUGCCGUGCUUUCAGAUCCUACCAAGCGUGAAGAGUAUGAUUAUGAAGAGGAUAUGAGGAAGGCACUCAAGGAGUGUAGUAAUAUUCGAACCAAUUCCAGGAGAUAUUCUGAACACCGUGAUCAAGGUUAUUAUCCAUUCGAAAGGAGCAGCAACAGGCGUUCAUGGCAAGAUAGUUUCAGAACUUAUGGUCACUCACACAGAAGAUAACCGUGAUAACCCAUUAUACACUAUGCUUCUUAUUGUGUUCCGACUAUCAACUGGAGUCUCCUGGUCACCGGGAUUAAGGGUAAAUGACAAGCAACAUGCCACCUUUGCGCCCUUGAACCUCACACCCACACUUAUGGUCUGUUUGUGGAACCAGAAGACAGCACAAUCGGGUGUGCAAAGACGAAUCGAAUGGUCGACUAUAAGCGUUCACACCGUCUCGGCUGAAGAAUGUUAUGUAUCUUUUUGUUCUGUGAGAUGUAAUUGGAAAGAGCAAAGGAUUUGUGACCCUGCUCUGCCAUUUUUUGCUGGAGUUUAGAGUUAGUUUGUAAACUACUACUUUUACAGUAUACAACAGCCAACGGGGGAUUCAUUUAUUCCAUGCCCACCGUUUCGCCUUCGUAAUUAUACUCGAGACGAGUACCACCAUUCAUAAUACGAAUACUUAUACUUCUAAAAUAUACUACGCUUUGUUUUUUAUUAGUUGCAACAUUUUUCUCGUCAUAUUUGUUAAUGCGUAACUUACUUGUGCAAAGUCUAUUUUAAAUUUAAAAUGUCUAAAUUUUUUUUCUUCAUCCUCUUGGAUAAGAUAUUUCGGUUACAUAAGCUUCUUCACCAUUCUCCGGCAUGCUCAUUUCCCUUGGCCAUUUAGCUAUAUAGCCUUAUACAUGCCGUUAAAUAU